CAAGGUCUGAAGUCAAAAACCAUAAUAAUCAUCCCCUCCGGACUUCUACAGAGAUCCGAGUGGAAGACGCGAUUGCCACCCGACUCCCGAGACAUCAUCAAUUAUCAAGUUACCGACCAAGGUCCCGAUCGAACCAAGAUGUUUGAGAAACAGAUUAGAGGCAAGACAAUCAGAAGGUUGAUGUCUACAACCUGCGCGAUUUCAUUCUGCAUGUACGGCUACGAUGCUGGCGUCCUGGGAGGCGUCCAAGAGACAAGGCCAUUCCACCAAGCCAUGGGUUACCCGACAGGAACUUACGUCAUCCCCAUGAUCGCGUCCGCAUACACGCUCGCGGCCGCUGUUUGGUCGCUCGCGCUCACUGUCAUCGGCCUGCCCUUGGGCCGACGUAUGUGUAUCUUGCUCGGGAACGGAUGUGUCAUUGUUGGAGGGAUUCUCCAGGCUUCAGCCUGGUCGGUGCCCCAAAUGAUUGUCGGCCGCAUUAUCUGUGGCAUUGGUAUCGGCUUCAUCUCCUGCUCAGUCCCGACCUAUCAAGCCGAGAUGAGUACCGAGAUCGAGCAACGCGGCCCCGACGUGGCAGUCACCUGCGUCUUUCUCGUCGCCGGCGCCGCCAUCGCGUACUGGAUCGACUUUGGGUUCAACCGCCUAGACAGUCAGAUCUCGUGGCGUAUCCCCAUUGCGUUCCAGUGUGUCUUUGCCGUCUUCUCCGGGAGCAUCAUUCUCGUCCUCCCCGAUACGCCAAGAUGGUACUACGCUAGGGGGUUGGAGAAGCAGGGCGACGAGACGCUCAGCCGCCUCUUUGAUGCUCCCGUCGAUGAUCCCAGGGUGCAGCACAUGAAGCAAUCGAUUCUUGCCAGCAUCGAACUCGAGUCAAAAGACACCCACAAAUUCGAUCUUAUGAGUCUUGUCUGGGACCGGAGCGAGUUGCGGGCUGGGCGCCGUAUCCGGAUUUCAUUCCUGAUUUUGGCAAUCCAACAGAUGAUGGGAAUCAACCUCUCUGUCUACUAUAGCACCGUUAUCUUCUCCCAAAUCGGUCUCUCCCAAUUUAUGUCACAGCUCCUAGCGGCUCUGAUGAACACUAUGUUUGCCUUGGGGACUGUGCCCCUGGUAUUCACCAUCGAAAAGGUCGGCCGUCGGAACGUCCUGAUGUACUCGGCCGUGGUCCUUACAAUCUGCAUGGCCAUCUUCGUUGCCAUGAUCGGACUUCCCAACCCAACGACGGCGACACAGUGGGUUGCUGUCGGUGCAAUCUUCGUCUACAACACCGUAUUUGGAUAUGGGUGGAUUGGCGUGUGCUGGCUAUACGGUCCCGAGAUUGCGCCCCUUAAGCUGCGUCAUGCUGGGGCUGCUGCGGGUGCAUUCGGAGAGUGGCUGUUCUCCUUUAUCACCGUAUUUGCUGGCGGUAUUGCUCUGCAAAAUGUCGGCUGGAAGAUUUGGCUGUGGAUGGCACUGUCGUGCUUUGUUGCUAUCCCCUUCGUUUACUUCAUGUGCCCCGAGACUACAGGCAAGACACUCGAAGAGAUCGACCUCAUCUUUGCCACGGAAAGUGUGCGGGAGAGGAUUGUGGCAGAGCAGCUUGCUGAUCAGCAAAUCAUCUCUGAGAAAGCCAAUGGCAGUACUGACCUUGUCGAAUCGGUGUGAGGGUGGAACGACAAGCGCGAAACCGGCAGAGGGUUUCCGGUCUGGGAGCGGACGGGCCUUCGUUCAAAGGUUAGGGGAGUAAUUGACCAAAGUCUUGAAGACUGGCUUGAUUUCGGCGAC